UGAAGGAAGGAGGAUGCAGAACUAAAACCAAAGUACAUGUGAACUCCUAUCGUGAAUUCCACCCCGUGAAUAUUGUACUCACGGCAUGCUGCAGGAACCGAAGCAAGUAAACAUGAAGCUCGCGAAGAUGCUUCUCCUACUGUCGUUGAUUUCACCGAUCGUCGUCUCUCUCUGCGACGCGGAAGCUCUGAGGCUGCACGCUACCCACGCCGACGCCGGCCGCGGCCUCUCCAAGCGCGAGCUCCUGCACCGUAUGGCCUCGCGCAGCAAGGCCCGGUCGGCGCGCCUGCUCUCCGGCCGCGCGGUGGGCGCCCGCGUAGGCCCCGGGGUUUACACCGACGGCGUCCCCGACACGGAGUACCUGGUGCACAUGGCCAUCGGCACGCCGCCGCAGCCGGUGCAGCUCGUCCUCGACACCGGCAGCGACCUCACCUGGACGCAGUGCUGGCCGUGCAUGGCCUGCUUCCGCCAAGCCCUCCCGCUCUUCGACCCGUCCCGUUCCUUGACGUUCGCCAUGCAGCCUUGCUACCUGCCCACGUGCCGCGACCUGCCUUGGUCUUCCUGCGGCGAGCAGAGCUGGGGCGACCGCAUCUGCGUCUACUCCUAUUCCUACGCCGACAAGUCCAUCACGACCGGUCACCUCGACUCCGACACCUUCACCUUCGCGAGCGCCGAUGGUGCCGCCGGUGGCGUCUCCGUGCCGGAUUUGACCUUCGGCUGUGGCAUCUUCAACAGCGGGGUCUUCAUGUCCAACGAGACCGGCAUCGCUGGCUUCGCCCGCGGCGCGCUGUCCCUGCCGUCGCAGCUCAAAGCCGACAACUUCUCCUACUGCUUCACCGCCAUAACGGGGUCGGAACCGAGCCCGGUGUUCCUCGGCGUUCCGGCGAACCUCUAUAGCAACGCCACCCACGGCGACCGCGGCGUUGUCCAGUCUACCGCUCUCAUCCGGUACCGUUCGGUUCAGCUGAAAGCGUACUACAUCUCCCUCAAGGGCAUAACCGUGGGCACGAGGAGACUGCCGAUCCCGGAAUCAAUGUUCGCUUUGAAGGAGGACGGCACGGGAGGCGCCAUCAUCGACUCCGGCACCGGCAUGACGAUGCUGCCCGAGGCCGUGUACAAUCUCCUGUGCGACGCGUUCGUGGCCCAGACGAGGCUCUCCGUGCACAAGCCGACGUCGUCGUCGGUGUCCCAGCUCUGCUUCUCGGUGCCGCCCGGUGUCAAGCCGGACGUGCCGGCCCUGGUGCUGCACUUCGAGGGAGCGUCGCUGGACCUGCCCCGGGAGAACUACAUGUUUGAGAUCGAAGAGGCCGGUGGCAGCGUCACCUGCCUCGCUAUCAACCCGGGGGAAGACCUGAGCGUAAUAGGCAACUUCCAGCAGCAGAACCUGCACGUGCUCUACGAUCUGGCCAACAACAUGCUGUCCUUUAUCCCAGCUCAGUGCAACAAGCUCUAGAAUUGCAUCUUCCUGAGUCCUGACCGGCUUUAGUAUACAGGUGCCUUAUGAAAUAGCACAACAGUGGUUCCAGUUCACGAAAACGCGGUAACCGCUGCGAUUAUCGCGGUUAUCGUGUACCCUGCCGGGGCAUGAUAACGUUAGGAUGCGGUUUGAUUUUCUAAAUUUCAUCCAAAUUCAAAAAAAAAGAGAUUUUUUGUUAAUAAAAAUACCAGUGAUAGGGAUCGAUUUAUAGAGUUGUUUGUUGAAAGAAAUCUAUGAAAUAUGUGAAGCUUUAUCAAAGAUUAAGGUCCAAAAGAUUGCUAGCCCACAAAAAAAAAAAGAAAAAAUAGCAUUGUUCAUCAUGGUUCAUGGCCCAUGAACACACAACUAUAAUAUUUCUGAUAGUUAUUAGUGUGUGA